AUGAAUGACGAUCAACUGAUGGCAUUGUGGAGUAAAGCAAGUUUUGUUCCGCGACUUGUCGCUUCUUCCAUUAAAAUCUCUGAAGCUGCCGGAGGAAUCAUUAAGAAUGUUAUGCUCGGUGGGGAUUUGAAAAUUAUUGAUAAAAGCGAAGCAGGACAACCUGCUGAUUUACAAACCGAAGCAGACAGGAGAGCGCAGUUUUGUAUAGUCCAAUCAUUGCAGAAGCAUUUCACAAAAUUAAAAAUUAUUGGCGAAGAGGAUAUCACAAGCGCAUGUCCUGAAAUUGAGGCAGCUUUUGAUGUGACGCCUCUUCAACUGAACUGUUCGGAGGAAAUCAGUUCUGUAAAGGAAGAAGAUGUAGUUGUUUGGGUUGAUCCGUUAGACGGUACUUCUGAAGUUGCUUUAGCACUGAAGAAUAAAAACGCAGCUUUGCUUGAGCAGGUUACAGUUCUUAUUGGUGUUGCUCACAAAGGCAAACCUAUUGCUGGAAUUAUUCAUCAGCCAUAUUUCAAUAAAACAGGCAGAACGAUUUGGGCUAUACAUGGAUGUGGAAUACAUGGUAUAAUCCCUGCCUCAACUCAAUCAGAAAAAGUAGUUGUGACUACUCGGAGUCAUUUGUCUGAUUCUGUUAUAAGCGCCUUAGAUGCUUUGAAAGCAGAAGGGCUUGCUGACCAAGUUCUGAAAGUUGGCGGGGCAGGCUACAAAGUUAUCAAAAUCAUCGAAGGAUGUGCUGCCUAUGUAUUCGCUAGUGCAGGCUGCAAGAAGUGGGAUACUUGUGCAGUCGAAGCUGUUCUUCAAGCUUCAGGUGGUAAUUUGACUGAUAUUUCUGGUCGGCAGAUUGUUUAUUCUCCGCAUGUUCAGAAAAACAACACUGGUGGCGUUUUAGCCACCGCUAAUUGGGUUUCACAUCAGAAUUAUGUGGAAUCCAUUCCUCAAGCUUUGAAAGAUUCCUUGCCAGAAUUUUGCACAAAAGCCAAACAAUAA